AUGUCGUCCUUUCUUUUCUCACUCUCAAAUCAUUCCUCUAAUCAAAUUUUUUCUUUUUCAAAGGUCCGCUUCGCCUUCAAGCUCAAGUCCAGCAAUAACGAGCACUACCGAGUCAACCCCGUCUUCGGAUUCGUGGAGCCCGGCGCCGCUGCCCAAGUCGAAGUGAUUCGCCAGAACGGCCCGCCAAAAGGUGAUGACAAGCUCGAGAUCUGCUUCGCUGGGGCUCCUCCAGAUGCUGGGGACGCCAAGGCCAUCUUCCCUCCUGGAUCUUCUGGCGAGUUCAAGGUCGACGUUCCUAUGGCUGCUGCAUGA